UCCAAGUGGCAACCGGUCAGUCAAAGUCAAACCUAAGUAAGUACAUUAACAUAGUACAAACGUUAAAAAGAGAAGACUCGCCGGAAAAUCAAGAAAUGUCGAUGUCGUUGACUUCUUCGCUUGUAAGGGUCCCUGUUUCUCCGUCCAGUCAUUCAGUAUAUUCCGGCGUCAAAGUGAAGUGUAUUGCUGUGGCUAAAACAACUCAAGAUCUUCCUAUUCAGGUGAGAAGCAAAGAAGAAAAAAAGGAUCAGUCCCGAAAAACCUUGACAACCGUCUCCCGAAGAGCCUUAGCAACACAGUUGGCUAUUGCCUCUUUGGUUGCCACCACUACCUUUUUACCAGAGUCUGCUGAAGCACAAAUUUUGAAUCCUGAAAUCAAGAGGAAAAUAUUUGAAAAGCUAAAAUUGUUAAGGGAAAAGGUUGGUUUAUCUAAACGAGAUACUGAGAAUGGGGAAAAGACUUCUUCGCCAGCAGCAGCAGCAGAGAAGGAAAAACCUCUUCCUCGUCUGCCCCUAUCACCUCUUCCUGUCCAGACAGCAGAAGCUUUGUAAGAAGCUAGUCUUCCAUGAAAUUUAUGUUUACGUUAAAUAAUAGGUAACUAGAUUGCCUGCAUAACCUUUUGAACUGUAGCAACCAGCAUACAAGCUCCUGAAAUAAAGUUCUAUCGUACAAGGAUUUCUAGUUAAAGAUAUUGUCGGUUAAAGAACUUCAUCGGUCAAUUUUGAGAUUUUUGCUGCAGUGGUACUUACAGUAAUAAGGUGUGCUACAUAUCUAUGUCAUUGUUUUAUCACAUAAACCACUGACAUGUUACUUGCACUAGCUGUAGCAAUUAGUUUUAAGCUUUGAAAAUUUUGGUAAUGAAUUAGUGAAUGGAUUCACAUGCUAAUAUCCAAGAUUUUCUAAAUUUCGAGUUGCCUUUGGUAAGUUGAAUUUAUGUGCUGAAAUCAGUGAAUUACAGUACUGUUGUUGAACUUUGGUUUACAGAUAUAAUAGUUAACCAGUUUAACUGCUUGCUGAUAUUUGUCGUGAGAAUUAUGUGGGCUGGUGAAAACGUGAAUAUUGGAAGUAAGUAUGGCUUACUUGAUUAUGGUUCGGCAACUUGCACUGCCCUGUUUGUUUUUUUGGUCAUAAUAGCACUGCCCUGUUUGUUGAUGAGUAUCUUUUAGUGACUCAAUAUGGUUAAAUUUCUAAUCAGGUACUAGCUGUCUAAACAGGGUAGUGAAAUAUGUAGCACAAUUUUAAAUUUCACAUCUGCUGAAAUAUUUCUGUAGAUUAUUUUAUUUACAGAGUACUAGCUGUCUAAACAGAGUGAAAUUUCGUUUUCUUUCAUUUCAUAGUAAAAAUGUUUUGUAGAAAGUAUUGUCUGAUUUGCUAAGGUGCCAAUUAUGCUCAUUGUUUCCUGAGUAAGUCUUGUAAAGAGGCAGAGCCUGUAUAGUAUUAUUGCUUUGUUAGAACAAAGUUUUAAAAUUUGUGGAGGCAACACGUCAAAAGUUGCCAAUGAAGCUCCUGCAGUACCAUGUCGUUGAUUCCCAUCUUAUCAAAUGGUAUCGAAAAAUCCCCGAUUAAUCUCUUAAUAAUAUUUUACUAAUUUAUGAAUUACAUAUCGAUUGGACAAAAAAUCUCUGAUUUAUCAAAAAGUUCGCUGAUAGGAUCAAUCAAUUAGUUCCAAUUUCCGAUUUACGAGAUCAUGACUCAUCUGACAACCAUGCUUCAUCUUGCUAAAUAAAAAUGUGCAUUUAGACGUUUGGUCCACUUUGCUUUCCAUGCAUUAUCUAAUAACGUAACAAACUUGCUCUCGUUUUCUCUCGUUCUCACCAAAAUACACCACUCAAAUCGCAGCACCACGCCAAACUUAUUAUACCAUUCACACCAAUUCCUCAACCUGUAAUAUCUCAACACCACAAAAGUCAUGUCAUCUUUACUUGCAACUCUCCUUGUUCUUCUUGCUCUCCUUGCUCCAAUAACCGGGUCGGGUCCAAGGAAGCUCGACGAACAACCCGGGUCACCCGAAAUCAAGUGUGGUACUUGCCCCACCCCAAAUCCUCCACCAUCACCAUCACUACCACCACCUCCUCCACCAUCUCCACCACCACCCGAAACACUACCACCUCCACCGCCAAACAAGCCACCAACGCCGAGCUUGGACUGCCCGCCGCCGCCUUCGUACGUUCCCAUCCCCGGUGCCCCGCCUCCGCCCUCGUAUACCCCGGUCCCCACCGGCCCACCCGGAAACUUAUACCCGGUUUAUCCGUAUAUUUCGGGUUGUCUUCAAAGCUUCAUGGUAAACUUACCAUUUUCACUUGUCACAGGGCUACUAGGCCUCAUGGUUUUAUGGUAAUUUCACAUGUUCCAAGUAGUACAAGGAAAGAAUAUGCCCACGUGUCAGUAGGAAGCUUCUGUUGGCACCGAUUUCGAGGAAGAUACUCUGGAAACCUCUGCUUUCACAGGGGCUAUCAUGGCUAAAUCAAACACGUGGAUCAUCACUAGGCAAGAAUGGGUUCUAGGGUUAAGAUUUGUGUACACCAUCAUGGUACUACUGACAUUAUUGAAGAUGUGGAUACUAGCAAAUUAUGUAUGCUCCAUCUGUUGAAAUAUUCAGAAAAGUUUAAGUAUAGCAAAUAUGAUUUUCUUUACUUCCAAACUGAUGGGCAUAGCUUUGAGAAAGGGGUAAGACUACUGUAUGAUCAGAACACAUUGGAUGAUAUGUUGAAAGUUUGUAAGCCAUAUAAUUUGAUUAAUAUUUAUGUUGAUCAUAAAAAGAGGUUCCAAUGUACUGAUGAACUACCAAACAAAGAUAAAUUAUUAAAAUUUAAUAUCAAAGAUUAUGAUUUGGAAGAAGAUGAAAUGGGAGGUGCUGAUCAUUACUUAGAUGAAGAGGAAAUAGAGGGUGGUGAUUUUGAUUUGGAGUAUGAAGCAGAAGAGGGUGAAUAUGAUGAGGAAGGUGAUGUUAGUGAUGCUGACAGACAGGAAGGCAGGAACACUUUCAAGGUUCCUGAUUUAGAUAUAGAUAUUGAUGAGGAGGAGUUUGCUAGUGAUGAACUAAGAUCUGAAAAUGAAUCUAGUGGGGGUGAAUAUGUUAAACAAGGUUAUGUGAGUGUUGCUCCUGGUAAAAAAACAAAGAAAAAAUUCAAGUUAUAUAAUGAGAACAAAGAUGGUCCUUUUAAGUUUGAAAUUGGCAUGAAAUUUUCAUCUAUGGAGGAAUUUAGGACUGUUGUUAGAGAAUAUGGGGUCAGGGAGAGAAGAGCUCUUCAUUUCAUUACAAAUGACAAUGACAGGGUCCAAGUGGGGUGUGAGAAAGGCUGCAGAUUUUAUAUUUGGUGUGGCAAGUUAAGAGAUGCACAGGCUGUUCAGAUUAAGACAUUGCUUGACGACCAUCUAUGCACUAAGCCCUAUUAUAAUAAUCUGAUAAGUGUUAAGUUUUUAACAGAAAAAUAUGGUGAUAGGAUUAGACAUAAUCCACAAUGGAAGGUGAAGGAUAUGAUGGAAACAAUUAGAGAAGAGCUUGAAGUAGAAGUGCCUAGAAUCAAGUGCUCUAGGGUUAGAAAAGCUGUUUUGCAAGGUGUAUUUGAUAGUUUGAAAGUACAUUACUCUAGGGUAAGGGACUUUGGUCAUGAAUUGCUGAAAAAUAACCCUCAAAAUAGAGUUGAUAUUAGAACAAGCAGGGUCAGUGAUGAUGAUGUGAACAAAUUCAAAAGGAUGUAUAUAUGCUAUCAUGCACUAAAACAGGGAUGGAAACUAGGUUGCAGGCCAGUAUUAGGACUCGAUGGAUGUUUUCUGAAAACACCUUGCGGGGGCCAAUUAUUGAGUGCAGUAGGCCGGGAUGGAAACAACAUGAUGUUUCCAGUAGCAUAUGCGAUUGUAGAGUCUGAAAGUAUAGAUAGUUGGAAGUGGUUCAUUGAGUUGCUUGGAGAGGAUUUGUCGCUUGGAGAUGGUCAUGGUUAUACCAUCAUUUCUGAUCAGCAGAAGGGUUUGGAUAAUGCAAUUAAACACUAUCUUCCAAGAGUGGAGCACAGGCUGUGCACAAGGCACCUUUAUGCUAACAUUAGAAAAAGAUACAAAACCGGUGCUAUUAGAAAGGCUUUUUGGUUUGCUGCUUGUGCAACAUACCCUGCUGCUCAUCAGAGAAUCAUGAAGGGUUUAGAAAAGUUAUCAAAGCCUCUCUCUGAUAAAUUAAAAAACUUGCCUCCAAGUAGCUGGUCUAAAGCUUUUUUUGGAACACACUCGGUAUGUGACAAUGUUGAGAACAACAUGUCCGAGUCUUUCAACUCUUGGAUCCUAAAUGAAAGAUUUCUGCCAAUUUUGAGUAUGUUUCAGGAGUUACAUUUCAAACUCAUGACAAGAAUUAGACAAAACAGGGAGAAAAUGUUAGCGACUGAAUGUACAAUCUGUCCUAACAUUAAGCUCAAACUUGACAAAGCUGUGACUGCUUCCAGGAAUUGGCAAGCAUCAUGGGAUGGUGAUAGAACUUAUAUGGUUAGACAGGGUACAAGGUCUGUCACUGUGGACUUAGAUAGAAAAACAUGUGACUGUAGGCACUGGGAUUUGACGGGAAUUCCCUGUCCACAUGCUGUGAGUGCUAUUCACGACAGGAGACAUCAGCCUAUUGAUUAUGUUUCAAAGUAUUACUCUAAAGACAUGUAUCUGAAGGCUUAUAGUCAAUCAAUCUCAGCUCUAAGGGGAGAAGAAUUUUGGGAAUUCACUUCAGCUUGUGAACUACUACCACCUGAAAUGCCUACUGCACUAAGAGGGAGACCUAAGAGGUUGAGGAGAAGGGAGGAGUGGGAAGGAGGGACUCAAAAUAAGGGUCAAGCAAACAUGUCUCAAGUUCAUGAUGUCCCGGAUUUACAGAAAUAUAGGGGAGGUAAAGUAAUGCACUGCAGUCUAUGUAAGAAGCCUGGACAUAAGAAGACAACUUGUCCUACUAGGCAUGACCAACAAAGAAAUGCACAACAAGAGAAUGAUGCACAAGCUGAAAAUACUUAUGAUCAGAACACCACAGUGAAUAAACAGAGUGGCACAUGCAGGCCCAAGUUACCGGUGAGGAGACCUGCAGCACCUGGUGUGGUCAUCAAAGACCCCAUACCGACUCCAAAGACAACCCCUGAUUUAAAUGAUGUUCUAAAAAAAAAUAAGGACAAAGUUAGUGAAACAUCAUGCACUAAAAGGAAGGAUAAGCCUUACUGGAUGACUAACUGCUUGAGGAAGAAAAAACCUUAAAUAUCAUCGAACUCUUUUUAGUUUUUUGCAUGCUUUUGUUACAGGCUGCAGUAGUAUUUUGGUAUGUUGUUCAUGAUCAAUAUUAAGUAAUUUUUGUACCACAAUGUAUGCACUCUUUUAUUAUUUGUGGAAUGAAGAUGUUACUUCAGUAACUAUAUUAUUUUA